AUGGCCUUGCUGUGGAGCCAUGUCCUUGCUGCGGUUUUCUCUUUCGGCACAUGUUCAGGCCCAUGGCGCGGGCUCAGCCGAGGGGCUGUGGGACAGGCGGGACAUGCGAGCAUCGCGCUGAUGCUGUGCAAGUCCCGUUGCCGCCGAGAAGACUGGAGGCAGAAGACCACGCUAUCGAGGCGGGAUCAAAGCAGUGUCGAGAUCAACGACAGAUCCGCCCUCCUGCCGGACCGGCGCGGGUGGCACGCCCGUGUGGCCAAGGAGCGGGUGCGCCGACUGGUGCGGCCGGUGCCUCAGGCGACACGCGCGACGGGCAAGCCCGCGAGUGGGUUGUGCGGGCGGUGCGGGCGGCUGCGGCGGGGCCACGGCGGCGGCGGGGGGCUCGCGGUGCGCCCGGUCCGUGUCCGGGACAAAGGACAUGCCCUGGGCUGGUUGCGGUUGCUGUUGGCGGUGGUGCUGGUGUUGAUGGUGGUGUUGUGUCUGGUGGUGCUGCUGUUGAUGUCGGUGUUGAUGUUGACGCCGCGGCGGAUGUGGCUGCGACGGAUGUGGCUGCAUCGGGGCUGUCAUACGGCCAAGUGCUGGCCGGGACGCAGACAUGCUCAUGGCAAGUCGCAGACAUGGCGAUGUGGAGACGAGAGUGUGUUCGGGUCCACCACAGGAAAGAAGCAAGAGCCACAUCUCGCCCGCCGAGAGUGCAGCGACGAGCACUGA